UUGGUGAGUGGAAAUCGAGAACAUUAUUCAGAAAAAAGAGAACACCCACGCGCUUUAACAGCCAAACUUUAGGUUCUCUUUCCUUCCUUAAAGCCACGAACUCUCUUUGUCUCUCUCUCUCUCUCUCUCUGUCAACUUUCACUUUGCAUCCUCUUUGAUUCAUUCUUUGACAGGUGUCUGUAAUAAAUGGCUUUGGUUACAACUGCUGAAGUCUGUGAUGCAAAUCCACAGCUAAUUGUUAGCGGUGAACUUCGGGCUCUCCAACCAAUAUUCCAGAUAUAUGGCCGUCGCCCAGUCUUCUCUGGACCAAUAGUUACACUUAAAGUAUUUGAAGACAAUGUUUUGAUUCGUGAGUUUCUUGAGGAGAAGGGUAAUGGCAGAGUUCUGGUUGUAGAUGGGGGUGGUAGCUUAAGGUGUGCCAUACUUGGGGGCAAUCCUGUAGUUCAAGCUCAAAAUAAUGGAUGGGCUGGAAUAGUGGUUAACGGCUGCGUAAGGGAUGUUGAUGAGAUAAAUGGUUGUGACAUUGGGGUGAGAGCUCUCAAUUCUCAUCCAAUGAAGGCCAAUAAGAAAGGAAUUGGGGAGAAAAAUGUUCCAAUAACCAUUGCUGGGACUAGAAUUUGUGAUGGGGAGUGGCUUUAUGCGGACACUGAUGGUAUCCUGAUCUCUAAAAUGGAGUUAUCUGUUUGAGUGCCUUUUUCUACGUCAAGAUUGAAUCUGCAUGAUGCCUUUCCACGCUGGUAAGUUGUGUAUGCCUUUUUAUUCAGUCUGCUUCUGAGAUCAGAUUUUGAACAUUGGACAAAGUUGUGUAAUGUACUAUUAAUUUGUGACUAUGAUAGUAUGUUGAUCUCUUUGUCUAUCAGUCAAAUGCUACUUGUGAUAUCAUUGUGCAUCGGCAAGAUGUGACAAUCUGUAAUAACUUUUUUGGUAAAUGAGGAUAGUUAAUCAUUUCAAUC